AUGAUUGACUGCACCGCUGAAGGGCUCUUGUUCAUUGAGGCUAAUGCUGAUAUCAGUCUUGACCAGCUUGGCAACACUCUCCAGCCCCCAUUUCCAUAUGUUGAUUUGGUGCUUUUUGAUGUUCCUGCUUCUUCAGGUGUCCUUGGAUGUCCUUUGUUAUUGAUUCAGUUACAAGUACCCCAACUAAUUGACAUUGUCGAAAAUAAUGCGGUUCAGAAGAUGCAAAAUGUGACCCGCUUGAUAUGUGGAGGAUUCAUCUUCGCAGUUCGCCUCAACCAUGCCAUCUGCGACUUAAUUGGAUCGAUUUGUUCAAUUUCUGAACACCAUUGGAGCGAUGGCAAGAGCGGAAAACAAACCAUCUCAGCCACCUGUACGGCAAAGAGUGAUCUUUAG